AUGGCGUCGAAAAAGACCAAGACCCCUGCCGCCGAAGAUAACCUCGACGAGCUCUUCUCUGGCAUCGGCGGCGACGCCAAGGCCGGAAAGGCCGCCCCCAAGAGCUCCAAGGCCGGUGGCGCCAAGUCCGCUGGCGACACAGACAUCCUCGCCGAUCUCGAGUCGCAGCUCGCUUCCGCACCUCCCACCUCCCGUCCGCACACCCCUCGUAUCGGCGGAAAGCGACCUGGUGCCGGAGCCCCGGCCGCCGAAGACAAGCGCAAGUCGACCGACAGCGCCCGGAGUGCUCGUGCCAGUUUCACGCCCAGUGCUACGAGCUCGGAGCUUCAGGAUGCCGACAAGAAGGUUGCCGUGGAGCAGCCUCCAGCAGCAAGUGGUGGCAGCUGGUGGGGUGGUAUUAUGUCCACGGCCAGCGCUGCCAUGAAGCAAGCCGAAGCCGCCUACAAGGAAGUCCAGCAGAACGAGGAUGCGAAGAAAUGGGCUGAACAGGUGAGGGGCUUCAAAGGCCUCGACAUUGGGGCCCUACGGAAUUACGGUGACGAUUUGCGCCAUCGCGCUCUGCCGACCUUUACCAAUAUCCUCAACACAAUUGCACCUCCUAUCAGUUCCCACGAGCGCCUCCUUAUUCACAUCACGCACGACCUUGUCGGAUAUCCAUCCAUGGACCCUCUCAUUCAUGGUGUCUUCUCUCGUGUCAUGUCGCAGGUCGAGGGUGGCGACCUUCUGGUCGUCCAGCGUGGCCAAGAGAGUGGCUCUCGCAGAGCCCGCGAGAGCAAUGCAGGCUGGCGAGAUGGCCCUUGGUGGCGCCAGUCAGACUCUGUGCGAGAACUCGGACUAAUCAAGGGCUUGACGGAGGGCACCAAGCUUUGCCGUGCCAACGCUGAAGGCUACGCCGAAGAGUACUUUUCUGCCACUGGAGGUGUAGAGCAAGCCAAGACCAGGGCCACGGAAGAUUCCAGCGAAACCAACCCCGUGCGAACGUCAAAUCUUUUCCUGGCCAUCCAGGCUAUCGAGACGGAUGACGAUGGCACCCUGUUUGCCCGCACGGCGUCGGCCGAGAAGGACAAGGAGGACAAGGCUGAAAAAGAGGAAGAAGAUAGUCAUGUUUCUUUUGCUGUCUUCAUCCUCGAUCCAGUUCACCAGAUCGAAUAUGCCACCGUCAGCCAGAGCAUGCCUGCCAAAUGGGCACGCUGGCUGGACACCAACACUCCCCUCACGCCCAAGUCUGGCGACGAUGAGCAGGCGGAAGCUGACUCUUCGGUCCCAGCGGAAAUUCGCGACAUCAUUGAUAGUGGAGCAGUUGACCCAAGAGAAUGGGUUGCGGAAUGGAUCGAGGAGACGCUCUCUCUUUCCAUCGGCAUUGUGGCUCAGAGAUACGUUGCCCGGCGAAUGGGCGUUGGCGAGGACAGUCUGGGCAAGGCCAAGAGAAAGAUGGAAGAGCUGGUUUAUGACAACGCAGGAGAGGCCGCACGCGCUGGAGCCAUCUAA